AAGCUAUAAAAGCGAUGUUUUCAGCAUGUGAUACACAGAAUUGAGCUCGAAAUAUUUCUGGAAGCUCGCCUGAGGCUACUUGAGACUUGACCAUGAGGCAGACAAUCACCGGAAUUUGUGUGUUGGCGCUCAUCGCUUUUUCCGUGAACGGCCAAACGGCUACUGAGGAGGACUCAACAGCUCCUACUGUGUUCAGCAGCGCAGCUGAAGAGGCCGUUCAUCUCAGUGAAGUUCUUCGUGAUGUGGCACAGACACUUGCUGAGGAUGAAGAUCUGAACUCUGAA